CUGUGUCUACCCAGAUCCCUGACAGUAGCUUCAGAAGUCUUUGUUUUAAAGAAUCAGCUGCCUAAAGCCGAAACGGAAUCUGUGGGCGAAAUGAGCUCAGGCUACAGCAGCCUGAGCACCAAACUGUCCCUAAAGAAUUCAUCUCUCCCUGAAGAGGAUCAUACCAAAUUUAAAUACCGUAAAGUGUCUCUGAUCACUGAAACCAAUACCACUGAGGAUAGCCAGGACACGGCUACAGAUACAGACUCAGAGUACAGAUGGAAGAACCAAUUUGACGGGGUUUCUCAGUACACACCGUACACAAAAGAGUCUUCCUCCUAUUCUGACUCUCCGGGUUACAGAAUGUCAAACUCCUACUCCAGUACCUACUCCUCCUCUGAUCUCCCAGAGGCUUCAGCAUACAAACACCUGAGUGACCCCUCCCUCUCUUCAGAGGAUCGCUAUGGCAGCAGAAUGACUGACAGGAGCAGGAUUUAUCAGAGCUAUGAGAGCGAGCCAGCAGAGGCACCAAAGGAUGAGUGGAGGCGGAGUUUAGUGGAGGAGGAGGAGCCUGCUGCACCUGCCAUGGAGAGAGAGGCAGAGUCAGAGAGGAUAAAGUCAGGCCGGGACUCACAGCAGCUGCCUUCGUCUAGCUUCACCUCGACACAACAAUCCAUCCAGGACACUUUCGACAGUUUCCAAGACAAAGACGACGACUCAUUACGUUUUACUGGAGUGUUCAAGGCCACGCUGGUGGAGUUGGUUUCUGAGCCUGCAGCUCGCCCCUCCACUCCCCCUGCCUCCCCCGACGCAGACUCCCCGUACCAGUUGGACAUGGAUAGCCUAGUGGAUACCCUGAGGAACAUGGGACCUUCCUUCAGACCCAGGAACACAGGACUUCGUGGGCCUCCUCCGGUCCUCCUCUCCUCCCUGCCACCGAUCAAUGAGGAUACUCCCAGCCCCAUCACCUUCGACAUGCCUGACUUCCUCAGGAGCCCCACUAAAAAGAUGGAGGCAAUGGGAAACCCUGCUGAGUCAAUCAAAGUAAAUUACACUCUGCCUGCUGAACUGGGACUGAAGAGGAACAUCCCCAGAGACACUCGCUCACCACUGGAACUACUCAAGCAGAACCAGCAGGAGCAGCAGCCGCCUGGAUCCAAGAUGCUGAACUUGCCCCUGAGAGCGUCUGCAACCAACAGUCUAGUAAUGAGAACAUCCUUUGACUCUUCGCCUGAGGAAUUAAAAUCCCCUGUGCUGAAUGGAAAUGGAUUGCUCUCACCUUCCGGCAUUGGCUCCCGCCUAGACAACAGUCUCAUCUUUAAAAACCACAGGUUAUCAUCCAUAGAUCAGACCAUGGAAAACGGAAAGACCCAUCACCCGCUCUUCCGCACCGGCUCGCUUCCUGAUACGGGGCUUUCAAACGACCGCAUCAGUAUGGGACACAAGAAGCUCGGUGAACCGGGAACAGAAGCAGGGGGGUCUCGCUUCGAGCGCCUCUCCUUCCUUUUGAACUCCUCGUCGAGCUCCUUGUCCGGGGCUGAAGACCCCAACGGUCGUAUGAGUCGGCCCCCCCUGCUGGGCAUCGGCUCACCCACCUCCAGCAACAGUCCCACCCGCCUCCUCAGCCCCACCAGCUCCAUAGACCUCCAGAGGCCUUACAACACCCCAAACUCCCCCUUAUUCAUGUUCGGCCAGACACAGGGGAUUGGUGCAGGUACUGGAGCACUGGGCAAUCCUAUCCUGCAGAGGAGCUUCAUUAGUGAUGGCGGCAUGGGGGGCUACCAGGCAAGGCAAGAAAUGGAGCCUGAGAAGAUUUUAGCUUCCAAAUACAGGGCCUUCCCUGAUGCCUAUCUCACAAAAGAGAAGGAGCAUGGGAAGCUCAAUCCUCGUCCUGGAAAGUUGUAUAUCUUUGACCGACCUGGAAUGUGCGGCCAGAGGCUCGAGGUGCGCAGUGAUGUCAUCGAUGCUACGCCAUGGGACCUGCAAGAGACCAUCUCCAUCAGGGUCGUCAGAGGAGGAUGGGUGCUGUAUGAGAAGCCUAACUUCAAAGGGGAGAAGAUCGCUCUGGACGAGGGAGACCUAGAGCUCACCAACCCCUUCAACCCCCCAGAGGAGGAACUGCAGAACGGGCAGAUAGAGGGUGGAGACCAGAACGGAGAAUCAAGUGAAGAGAAAACUGAGACUAAGGCUGAGAGGAAGUUCAUCAUCGGGUCCAUUCGAAGAGCGGUCAGGGAUUACAGCGUCCCAGAAAUCGGUCUUUUCCCAGAGGAGAACGCAGAAGGGAAGAAGGUCACCUUCAGAGACACGUCUGAAGAUGCCAGGAUUUUUGGUUACCCCAUCAAGGCCAACUCUAUCAUCAUUAAUGCUGGGCUAUGGCUGGUGUACGCACAUCCCUUCUUCCAAGGCAUACCACGUGUCCUGGAGGUGGGGGGGUUCCCCAAUCCCGCGGCAUGGGGAGUGGAACAGCCCUAUGUGGGAUCACUGCAUCCACUCAAAGUCGGUGAACCUAAAGUGGAAAAUAUAAGUGAACCAAAGAUGGAGGUAUUUGAAAAGCCAUACUUCUCUGGGAAAUCGAGGACCAUUCACAUGGACAUGAGGAACUUCAUGACCAGAGAAGACCGGCAGCAGACGGCCUUUAUGCACAACGUGGGCUCUCUUAAAGUCCAAGGAGGAAUCUGGGUGGGCUACGAGAAGGAGGGCUACCGAGGGCGCCAGUACCUGCUGGAGGAGGGGGACUACCACGACUGGAGGGUGUGGGGGGGCAACGACGCCGAGAUGCGAUCCGUCAGGGUGAUACGAGCAGACCUAACAGAACCCAUGAUGGUGAUGUUUGAGCAGCCAGAGGAAGACCAGGAGGGAAUGGCGGAGGACAACACCUUUGAGGUGACGGACGCCAUUGCUGACGUUGAGCUGUUGGAGUACAAACCGUCCACACGCUCCAUCCAAGUAUUCAGUGGGGCAUGGAUAGCCUAUUCUCAUGUGGACUUCUCUGGUAACCAGUACAUCUUAGAGAAAGGUUUCUAUAACAACUGUGCUGACUGGGGCUCUCAGGACAACCGCAUCUGCUCCGUGCAGCCCAUCCUGAUGGCUCCAACGGACAGCACAAGGACCAGCAAUGAGCUGAUACUGUACUCUGAGGCAGACUUCAAGGGCCAGUGUCACAUCUUUAACUGCAACCAGGAAGAAAUCCCAGAAAAAGUACUGACCAAGUCCUGCAGAGUGUCCGGGGGAAGCUGGGUGCUCUACGAGGAUAAAAAGUACUCUGGGAACUUGUUCGUCUUAUCUGAAGGAGACUACCGCAAUCUGACCAGCAUGGGAUGUCUGCCCAGCUCCUACAUCCGCUCUGCCAAGGUCGUCCCGAUGACAUUCUCCGUCCCCUCCAUCUCUCUGUUUGGCCUGGAGUGUCUGGAGGGCAGAGAGAUCACCAUGGACUCAGAGAUCAACAGCAUGAUGGAAGAGGGCUUCAACAACCACAUCCUGUCUGUCAGAGUCAACAGCGGCUGUUGGGUGAUAUGUCAAUACAGUAACUACAGGGGGCGCCAAUUCCUACUGGAACCAAUUGAGAUCACCAACUGGUUGAAGUUCAGCUCGCUAGAGACUAUUGGCUCAAUGUUCCCAAUCAGACAGAAGCGCCACUUUCUCCGCAUCAAGAACAAAGAGAAGGGUCACUUCCUGUCGAUCCAGGGCGGCGUGGAGGAGCUGAAAUCAGGACGAGUGGUGGUGACACCAGAGUGUGAGCCUAUGAGCGACGUCUGGUUCUAUCAGGACGGCUUCAUCAAGAGCAAGUUGUCCCCCGUCAUGAGCCUGCAGGUGGUGGGCAAUGUAGAACCGGGAGCCAAGGUGGUCCUGUGGGCAGAGACCCGGCAGCCCAUCCAGAACUGGUCCGCCAAGAUGAGAGGCCUCAUCACCAACCUGACUUUCCCUGGCUUCGUCCUGGAUGUCAAAGGUGGCAAAACUUACGACAAGGACCAUGUGGUGAUUAUGCCGGAGGAUGAUGAGAGGCCAAGCCAACAGUGGGAGAUAGAGCUGCUAUAAAAAGCUCCCACCUCCCUUUUCAAACUUUCCUCAGCAGUGCAUCUCUUUACAAACCCAUGAUGCCACAGCCUGGGAUCCACUGCCACUGUUUUAUUUGUUCCCACUUCAUGAAUGAUGUCACUUUUAUGAACAUUGUGAGAGUGAGAAUUUAACUAAGCACUGGAAAGCUGCACCAAACAGUGCAGUGCAGUGCAGUGCUUUGCAGAGUUUUCUAUUUUUAUUUUUUCUUUCAUUCAAAUCCUCCCAGUCAAAUUAGGAUUUCUGUAUGCAAGGACUUAAAAAGAGAAAGUGCCUUCUCCUGCUGCAGAGGUUCAUCACGAGUUGUAAAGCUGGAAUACAAUGUAUUUUUGGAGGAUGUACAUACACUGCAUUGACAGAACAAAUUGACUUUUAUCAAAUCGUAUCACUUUAAUUAAAGUAUUUAACCUAAAAUCUCCCUGAUUACUGCUCAUGUACAUUCUCUGACUGUGGAAGUUUGAUGUAGUUCAUGCUUUGUUAUCCUUUUUUACAAUGAAGCAAACCUAGUUUCCAUUUUAAGACAUUGUUUUCCUGCUGUAAAGAAACAAGGGGCAACCAGUGCUUUAAACAGAUUGUGGAAAAAUGAAGCCAAGCAGAUGCAUAGUGUGCAGGAAACUUGUGCUUUGGUUUAUUAACAGUGUUUUAUGUUAUGUAUGUAUGGAUGGAUGUUUGUUUGUGGGACAUGUUGCACUCAUGUUGGAGUAUAUCACAUUGAAUUGUGCAGGGCAAGGAGAUGUCAAGUUACCAUGUAUUUGUUGUACUUUUAAAUGUUUAAAUUGUUACAUAUAUUUUACUUUGUGUCUGCAUCAGCUGUAUGUUAAUAUAUAGUCUAUGGUUAAUAUUUGAUGCUAAAGUUGUGAUGUCAGAUUUUAUGUAAGAGGGAAUGGUUUUGAAAUAUUAAAUAAAAUUAAACCUUGUUUAUUGGAA